GCGAAGCAGCGGGAGGAGCAGCAGAAGCAGCUGCGGCCCCGCGUCGAGUUCUGCGCACGGCUCUCCAGGCAGCUGGAGGAGGAGGGCUUCUUCUCCCUCAAGGGCAGGGCAGACAGGCCCGCCGAGGCCGGCAAGGGCGCCGGCAAGGGCGCGGAGGGCGCGGUGCGCCUGCGGAUCCCGGCGCCGAGCGUGAACCUGGAGGAGCGGCAGGCCCAGCUUGCAGACGAUCCGGCCUUCAGCAAGAUCACAGCAGCGCGACGGGAGCUCCCCGUGUGGGCCAUGCGCCACGAGCUGAUCAACGCCAUAGACUUCCACGACGUCGUCAUCGUGCAAGGCGCCACGGGGUCCGGCAAGACCACGCAGCUGCCCCAGUUCGUGCUGGAGGCCGCCCUGGCGCGGGGCGAGCCCGUCAACAUACUGGUGACCGAGCCCAGGCGCCUGUCCGCCAUGACGGUCGCGCGGCGCGUGUCGCAGGAGCUCGGCGACCCGGGCAAGGGGCCGGGCGGCCACGACAGCCUCACGGGCUUCCACAUCCGCAUGGAGAAGUCGGCCGGGCCCAGCUGCCGGCUGCUCUUCUGCACCACGGGCGUGGCCCUGCGGAAGAUGCAGAGCGAGCCCGACCUGCCGGAGCUCACGCACGUGUUCCUGGACGAGGUGCACGAGCGGGGCGCGGAGAGCGACCUGCUGCUGCUGCUCCUCCGCAGGCUGCUCUCCACGAGGCGGAAGGGCACGCUGAAGGUCGUGCUCAUGAGCGCGACCGUGGACACCCGGAAGAUGUCGAACUAUUUUCAGUCAGCGGGCGUGGCCGCCCCAGUGCUCUGCGUGCCGGGCCGCGCCUACGACGUGGAGGCGCUCUUCCUCGAGGACAUCAUCGAGAAGACGGGGUUCUACCUGGAGGAAGACUCGGAGUUCCGGAAGUGGCAGUCGCGUACCAAGACUGUCAAGCAGACGUUCACGAUGUCUGCACUGGGUGGCAAGUCCAAGACGGAGACCGCCUACAUGGAGGAGCAGGGGGCCCCGCUGGACGGUUCGGACGCCGAGUGGAUCGACGAGGAGGAGGCCGCUGGCUACUCCAGGUCCACCCAGGAGGUGCUGCUGAGCAUGGACCACAGCAAGCUCAACUACGACCUGCUGGUCGCCACGCUGGAGUUCAUCGUCAGCGGGGGGCUGCCCCCUGCGGACUCCGGGGCGGAAGGCGAGUCGUUCAUGCCGGCGCAGGACGGGGCCAUCCUCGUGUUCUUGCCGGGCAUCGCGGAGAUCGACAAGGCCGAGAAGGCUUUGACCCACCACCCCGAGUUCUGCAACAGUUACCAAUACAAGAUCAUCGUCCUGCACAGCUCGAUCGCCAGCGAGGACACCAACGCGGCGUUCGAGCCGGCCCCGCGCGGCGCCCGGAAGAUCGUCCUGUCGACGAACAUUGCGGAGACAGGAGUCACAAUCCCCGAUGUGGUGUACGUGGUGGAUGCCGGCCGAGUGAAGCAGAGCAAGUUCCACGAGGCUACGAACACGUCGUCGCUGACCGACCAGUUCAUAUCUCGCGCAGAAGGGAUCCAGCGCCGCGGGCGGGCCGGCCGCGUGCGGCCCGGCGUCUGCGUGCACCUCUUCACGCGCAAGCGCUUCGAGCGCUUCUCGGCCGCGCCGCUGCCGGAGCUGCUGCGCACCGCGCUGUCGGAGCUGAUGCUCGGGCUGCUGAGCCGGGGCAUGCCGCCCGCGAUCUUCUACGAGGCCCUGGACCCGCCGCCGCGCGCCCGCGUGGAGCAGGCGCUGCAGAGCCUCCGCGUCGCGGGGGCCCUCGCGCCCCCGGGGCUCCGCGACGCCGGCGGCGCGGGCGGCGAGGUGGACGUGGACGGCCAGGACGUGGUCUACCGGGUGCGGCCGCUGGGCCGCAUCCUGGCCCGGCUGCCCUGCGAGGUCCGCAUCGGCAAGAUGCUCAUCUACGGCGCGCUCCUCGGGGGCGGCCCCUUCGAGGACGUGCUCACAGUGGCGGCCACGCUUUCCAACGGCAAGUCCCCGCUGGUCGUGCCCUUCCAGGACUACAAGAAGGCGGAAGCGAGGGCCGCCCAGAAGCCUCUGUUCAACGAUAAGGAGCCCUCCGACCACGCCAUGAUCUGCGAGGCCUACCGCAUGUGGCUCCAGGCGAAGAAGAACGGUGCGGCCGAGAGGAUAUGCAAGCAGCACUGGCUCGCGGCGGGGACCAUGGAGCAGAUCCAUCGGCUGCGCAAGGACCUCUCCGAGUCCCUCAAGGAUCUUGGGAUCGUGUCCGACCGGCCCAAGCCGCUGCCGCAGCGCUGGGCCAUUUCCUCGGCUCUGCUGCUGGCCGGCCUCUUCCCGAACGUGUGCAGGGUGGACCCGCCCAGGGUCGCGACGGAGAACAGGCCGCAGUACGUGGCCGCCUUCACGAACGAGCACGUGAAGCUGCACCCGUCCUCCUUCGCGCACUCCCACGACAACCACCUCCACCAGACGGCCCUGCGGUGGGGCGUGUUCCACGCGAAGGUGCAGACGAGCGCCGUCUUCAUGCGCGACGUCACCUUCCUGCGGCCCCUCGCCCUCGCCCUGCUGGGCGGCACGUCGACGGACAUGCACUGCCACGUGCUGGAGAGGGCCGUCAGCGUGGGCGGCAAGGGCGACCUUGCCGUCAACGUCCCCCCGCGCCAUGGCGCGCUGCUGCGGCAGCUCCGCGAGCUCGUGGAGCAGGCGGUGGACCGGGCCGUCGAGAACGCGGAGCGGGCGGGCAGGACGGGCCGCCGAGGAGGCGGGGGCGGCGGCUCAGGCGACGGCGGCGCGCAGGAGGAGGGCGGCGCCGCCGCCCGGGACAGGGAGGCCGCCGCGCGGCAGCGGCAGGCCCUCGACAUCAUGGAGGAGCUGCUCACCGCCGAGGCCACGACCAACCGCUGA